UCGAUUCCUUUUCACCUCUCCCUUUCUGCUGCCGCUGCUUCUUCUCCUUCGGUCUCUUCUAUCCUCUUCUUCUCUCCCUUUCUGCUGCUGCUGCUUCUCCUUCGGUCUCUUCUAUCGGUCGUCUGUCCUCGAACCAUGGAGAAAUGCAUUACCUAUUUGGAACAUGUCAAGUUAUGGAGAAUUUACUAGAGUGGCAUACAUAUUUAUCAUGUCUGUACCAGUGAAUCAGAUGGACUGAGUAGAACGAAUGCAAUGAACUGAGAUGGCAACCUCACAGGAGUUAAAAUUCUGCAGGACCCGCAGAUGGUAGCAGAAAUGCAACCAUCGUCACAGGAUUCACAUGACAUACGAAAUAACCAUCAAAAUACUUUAGUUACCGAGGCCUCAGGACAAGAUCCAAGUUCAUCAACCUUUGCAGAUAGUAAAAGCAAAAAGGUUUCUCAUGCUGACAUUGAACUUGUCCAAAAUCUGAUAGAACGCUGUCUGCAACUGUAUAUGAACAAAGGGGAGGUGGUUAGGACCUUGUCUAACCGAGCUAGGAUAGAACCUGGUUUUACUGCACUUGUGUGGCAGAAACUAGAAGAAGAGAACCCUGAAUUCUUUAGAGCUUACUACAUAAGGCUAAAGCUGAAGAAACAAAUUAUUUUGUUUAAUCAGUUGUUGGAGCACCAAUACCAUCUGAUGAAGUAUCCUAUCCCUUUUAAAGUUCCACUGGUCCCGAUGCAAAAUGGAAUUCAUCCAGUGCAUGUUAACAAUUUACCUAUGGGGUACCCAGUUCUUCAGCCUCAGAUUCUAACUACAGGUCAGCUUCAUGUUGAUCCUAUGGCUUGUGGAUUGUCCGACUAUCAUGUAGUCAAUGGAAUUCCUGCUCCAGGCAGUUCCCAUCCCAUCCGCAUGAAUACUGGAAAUGAUGACACAUCUGAAGCAGCUCCUUUAGCACCUCAAUGCAGUACAAUGUCACCCAUGUCAGAGAUGGCUGUGACUUCUGCAUCAGUAGAAAGCAAUCAAUUUUCAUUCACUCCGUCUGAGAUAACUAUGGGAAUGGAUGCAUCAGCCAUCGAUACAACCUUCACACCUGAUGUUUUCAAUACCGGAGGAUUGCAACUAGGUGCAGAUGGUGUUACGUCCUCAAAAGACUCAAUCAGGUCAUUAGGACAGCUUUGGAACUUCAGUCUUUCAGAUCUAACGGCAGACAUGACAAAUUUAGGAGAUUUUGGAGCUUUGGGUGGCUACUCUGGCUCUCCAUUCCUGCCAUCUGACUCAGACAUAUUGCUCGACUCCCCGGACCAGGAUGAUUUAGUUGAGUACUUUGCUGAUUCUAUCACUGGGAAAUGCUCGCAGUCAAAUGAAGAUAAAUGAAUCAUGGGCAUGAGUAAGGCCUCCUGCAAGUGGACUACCCACACCACAAAUAGGCUGUAAGAGUAGCACAUUGCUGGUUCUCAAACAGCUGUUAAUGGCUAAAAAUUAAUGUAUCUGGAUAAUUGCUGUAUUUUACUGGCCUAUGUUUCAUAUGACCAGGUUGACAGCAGGUUGUUGUUGGUUCUAUUGUUAAUAGAUAUUGACAUGGAAAUGAGUAUAUAUUUGUAAAGCUU